GAAAACAUUUUCUACAGCGGAUGUUAUGCGCGCAACGUGGUUAAGGUUGAAUCUGUCGUUAGUUUGAAUUCGCGUAACACGUGUUAAUUUGUAAUCUCUUGGUGAAUAAUCUUCUUUUGUACGAAUUAUUGCUAGCAUAUUGUUUGAAUAACAAUGCCACGUUUCGCGAAAGACUCGGAUGAAGAGAUGGGCGUAAAAUCUGUAGGCCGCAAGACCCGUGCUCACAUCGAGGCAGCAUUGCUUGAUUCUCCACUUCGUCGUAGCACUCGAAAUAAGACAAAACAAAAUGAGUCUUCACCAGAUUCACCUAUAAGCGAUACGGGCAAUAUACAGAUUGCAAAAAUCAAGAAACGAGGAAGUGCCAUGGAUAAUCCCACUACUGCUGAAAGUCGACGAACGUUACGUUCCAAAAUAAAUUCUGUGUUCUCUGAUAUUAAUGAAGAAUCAGAUGUUGGCACACCAACAAGGAAAACCAGAAACAAUGCUUUGAAUGAUACUAAUAAGGUCAACACUCGAAGAAGUAAAUGUUUUACAAGAGCUAGUUCAGAAGCUAAGUCUCCACCAACAACAGGAGUUAGACGUAGUACAAGAGCUAGUUCCAUAGAACCUGAAGCAAUGACAUCAAGUAAGUUAGACAAGCAUCAGAGUGAAUUAAUAAGUACACCUAUUAAGACAAGAAGAAGAGUUUCAAUGUUACCCUCAGAAGCAACGGUUUUAGAGGAGAAAGAAUGUAAAAAGAUUGCCGUUGUGACAUUAGAUCGUACAUUAUCUAAUGUCAUUGAAAUUAAAGAAACAGCGGAAACUGUUGAUAAGACACUACAAAAGAACGAAUCAUUGUCAACUUCCAAAAAUAAACUUAAUGCAAGCCAAAAGAGUAUAGAUGAGAAACAUUUAGAAGAUAAUGAGACUCGUGCUGAACUUGUUGAAGAAAUGUCUAAAAGGGGAGAACAUUCAAAGAAUGUUUCUGUAGUGGAUGAUUUCUGUACUGAUUCUUUGGCAUUGAAGAAACAAUGUGAAAACAAAUUAGAAUUGAAUGGGAAACAUUCAGACGUUAAUCAAGUGGUGUCUAAAGAAUGUCAAGAAAACAUGAAAAUUGAUGAUAAUGAUUCUGAUACAAAUAUGACAAAUGUAUUUCAAGAUAUUCUAGCUAGUGAAUGGAAAGGACAGGAUAACAAUACUAAUAAAAAACCUAUACAUUUAAACUCAACUGAAAAUGAAAGCGAAGGUGAAUGUGAUCUUAUUUUAGUCGAUAGAGAAGCAUGGUUAGCUGCGGAAAAUCUGAAAACAAAUAAAGAAACAAAUACUUCUGAUUAUGAUUCGGAUGAUACUGUUAUAUCAAAAGCAUUCACAGAUUUCAUGAAAGCACGAAAGAAUGAAAAAAAACUUAUGGAUACAUUAAAAGAGGAAUACAAUUUAAAUGAUAGUCAAGAUAAGUCUUCCAAUGCAAAGAAACGAAAACUCAUGAAAGAAAAUAAAAAUAGAAACGAAGAAGGGAAUACAAUGGAAGAUACAGAAAAUAUUACACAAGAUGUAAGAAUGUCAAUAAAUGUAGAUAAGAAUGUAUCUCUGACAAAAAAUAGUGAUAAACAUUCUACUUCUAAGAAUAAUAAAUCUAUUCAAAAAUCAUUGGAAGAUGAAAGUUUAUCUGAAUCAUAUAAAGUAGGGGAAAAAAAUGUAUCAUUAAAUGAACAUAAAUUGUCAGAAGAUGUACCAAAAAAACGAAAAUCUCUUAAUAAGUCAAUACAGAAAGAAGAAACAAACAAACUUGAAGAAUUUAAUAAAGAAACUGUAGAAAAGAGGAAUUCUUUAAAUAAAUCUAAUUGUGAAAAUGUAGUUGCAUCUGCUAAGAAAAAUGAAAAAGAUCAGUUAUUAAAUACUUCUUUAAAGAAAAAAAUAAAACCACAACAGUUAAAUGUAGAAAUCUCAGAAGAAUCUGACAACGAAUUGAAAAAAGCUGAGUUUAGGAAGAAGCAAGAUGAAAGUGAUGAAAGUAGAAAUAUUUCUGAUUCUGAUGAUUCAACAAAUAAAUCAUUGAAAAUACCAACAUUUUUAUUUCGUGGAGUAAGCGACAGUAGCGACGAUAAUGAUGAAUCUAACACUAUAGAUUCUGACAUCAAAAUGGAAUAUAAUUUUGAUGGUUUGGAACUUCCUGAGGAUGAUGUGCCAGGAGACGAAUGUAGAGCAUCAGAAACGGAAUCGUCAGAUUCAAAUGAUAAUGGAUCAGAUCUUGCAGAUUUUGUAGUUGAUGAUGAUGAUGAAGAUGAAAAUGAAAAAGAAAUUAAAAGCGAGGAGGAGGAAGUUGAAAUUGAAAAUGAUUUAAAUAAUAAACAGGAUGUUAAAGAAGAUGAAAAAGAAACAGAAGAAAUAAUUCAGAAAAAAGAACAUGAAAAUGACAAUAAAAAUAUCGAUGAAAAAGAUAAAAGUAAAUUGAUGGAUACUUCUAACACAGAAAAAAAUAAAUCAAGAAAAUCUAAUGAUUUAAGUAUAUCUCAAACUAUUGGAAGUGACCAGAAGAAGAAGAAGAAAGUUGAAGUAGAUACAUCUCAGACAAAAGAUGGAGGUAAAUUGAUGGAUACUUCUAAUCUAGAAGAAAAUAAAUCAAGAAAAUCUAAUGAUUUAAGUAUAUCUCAAAUUAUUGGAAGUGACAAGAAGAAGAAGAAGAAGAAAGUUAAAAUAGAUACAUCUCAGACAGAAAAAGACGACGAGGAAGAUAGUUAUACUAAUUUGUUUUUUGAAACAGAAAAAAUAAAACAAAAACAAGAUUUUGGGGAACUUGUAAGUGAGAAUAUAGAAAAGUUAAACGAGUCCCAAUUAUCUAAAGUAGAAAAAUUUAGAAAAUCAAUAGAAUGUAGUACUCCUAAAAUAAAUAUAUCUAAACAAGAAAUCUGUGAUAUUAAAAAACAGGAUUCUUCUAACAAAGAAAGAAAUAAAAACUUGACAUUCAAGGAAAAACGAAAUUUAAAGAAAUUAGAUGAUAUAAAAGUCAAUGAAAGUCUUACUCAUAGAAGUUUACCAUCUGAAUUAAUUGAAUUAACAACAGAAACAAAUCUCUCAAGACCAAUGUCGUCUAAAAUAUUAGAAUUAAACAAAGAAGCAUUAGUUUCAAAAAAUAAGACAACUUGUACAACAAAAUGUCUGAAAAAAGAAAAAUUAAACGAAAGUGCACCAACACUAAAAUUAGAUGCUAAGUCCAAGGAAGUUCAAUUAAUAAUUGCUAGUAAUAGCAGCAUACAGAAUGAUCAAAAUAAAACGGAAAACGAAAACAAAGAUGAACAAACAACAGCGGAUAUAAAUGAUUCAUUAAAAAGAAAAUUGCUUAAAGUAGCAGGAAACAUAUUAGAAAGCGAUCGUCAUAAGAAACAUAAAAAACGAAAGCAAUUAACAUUUGAAGAAACUCCUAAUGUUAUUUUAUCUAGAAAUGACUUUAAAAAAGAUAAUGAUUCAUUAUUAACAAAGACAACUCAACAGUUUGUUCCUAUUACCAAUAUUGACAAUAAUGAAAUAGAAAAAGAAAAUAAGAAAAAGAAAAAAAAGAAAAAGGAAAGAGAUAAUAUCGAUGUGCAAACACGAGAAAAAAUAAAUAAAGAAAUUAAAACAAAACCAGAAAGUCGAAAUAAAAAAAUACAUGAUGAAAUAAAAAAGAAAAAAAAGAAAGAAAAAAAAGUUGAAAGCGUUUCAGAUUUUACAAGUGAAAAGAGUAAAAUAAUAAAGAAAGAAAAGAAAAUUUCAAGUUCUUUAUCAAAUGAGAAUGUUUCGAAUGAGCAACCGUCUAAGAAGAAACACAAAAAGCAGAAAUUAUUAAUAAAAGAUGAUGUUUUGCAGCACGGAAAAGUUUCAGUUAAAAAAGUUCCUGAAGAAAACCAGAUAUUAUCAAGUGAUAUUUUAAAUCAGACUAAAAACACGUUAGCUAAAAAAUUAUCAGAGGAAGAGAGAAAGUAUAAAUUAUUAGAAAAUAUUGUAGCAUCUCGUAAAAAGCAACAAUUGAAAGAUGCAAUGUCUGAUUCUGAUGAAGGACCAGAAACGAUUACAUUUUCUAAAGCUCGAGAUGAUGCGAUGGAAUUGUUAAAAAGCACUACCGAUAGUAUUAAAGCUAACAAAGAAAUGAAAAAGAAGAAACAGAAAGAGCACACAGAAAAAAUGCGGAAACAAAAAGAAAUUAAGAUUAAAGAAUUGGAAUCCAAAAAUCAAAUAAUAGAAUCUAGUAAAAUGAAAGAACAAGGGAAAGGUGCGAAACGACUUGCUGAUGAUGUACUUGAAAAUUUAUCGGAUGUUCCAUUAAAAUCAAUGAAAAAAAGGAGAAUAUCAGAAGAAUCUUCGACAUUUAAUUCCAAACCUAUUAUAAAGGUAAAAAAUAUGACCGUAGAAGAAGAUUUUCUUACUUUACCAAGUUGUUCUGGAAGUACAACUCAAUUUAGUGUUAUUGAUAUUCAAACAAUUAAAAAAAGCAAGAAAAUUCCAAGAAUAAGUUCAUUUCGGGAAAAGAUGCUUGCUAGGAAUUCACGACAGCCCGUUUCUGCUUACUUAAUGUAUUUGAAAAAGCAAGAAAUGUUAGGUAAACAAAAGUUUUAUAAUAAACCAUAUUAAAUUUUUAAAACAUUUUGCGUUAUAUGAUCUGUAGGCAUUAUAAAAUAGUUUUAAAUAUUAUAUUGGUUACAAAGUUAAUAUUUAAUUUACAGAAUACAUAUUUCUAUUUACCUUGCAUUUUAAAAAAAAUUAAUUGUUCCCAAAAUUAUCUUAGUCUUUAUUAUUCUAAUGCUUACAUAUCUACUUUUAAAAAUUGUUUUCGUAAAAUUAAAAAAUAAAUGACUAAAAGUCCUUUUAUUUUUAAUUUUUUUAUAUU